UAAAUAUUUCAGCCAUGGGGAUCAUACAACAGAGAAACCUUCGCUAUUUGGCCAUUGUCUCUUUUCUCUUGACCUCAACUUCACCUGCUGCAGAUGCUCAGAUCAGAUUAGUCACGUCUGGAUCUACAAGUUGCUCUGGAAGAGUUGAAAUAUCUUACAACGGUUUCUGGGGAACAGUAUGUGAUGACGGGUGGGACUUAGAGGAUGCUAAUGUAGUGUGCAGACAGUUGAACUGUGGUACGGCACUGAGUGCUCCUGGGUCGUCCCAGUUUGGUCAAGGAACCGGUGACAUCUGGCUAGAUGACGUGGGCUGUUCAGGAACUGAAAGGUCUCUAACUGAGUGUCGGCACACAGGAUUUGGGAUACACGACUGUGGACACGAGGAGGAUGCUGGUGUGGUCUGUUCAGUGAGCCUCUCAAAGCCCAGCAUCUCCAUGAGUCCUGUCGGGGAGGUAACCUGGGGUCAGGACGCCGGAAUCACUUGUUCUAUCUCAACUAAGCAUUUAGGUGGAACAUUCAUUCUGCAGCAUACCUCAGGCUCAUUCAGAAAGACCCAAACAUCAAGUACCAACUCGGCUACUUUCAACAUUUUGCAAGUGAAUUUUGGAAACGAAGGCUCAUACAAGUGUCAGUAUCAGAUAAGGGUUUCAAGUCGGGACUUCAGCUCCCCCUUAAGUGACUCUGUCAGACUCUCUGUUGCUGUGAGCCUUUUAAAGCCCAGCAUCUCCAUGAGUCCUGUCGGGGAGGUAACCUGGGGUCAGGACGCCGGAAUCACUUGUUCUAUCUCAACUCAGCAUUUAGGUGGAACAUUCAUUCUGCAGCAGACCUCAGGCUCAUUCAGAAAGACCCAAACAUCAAGUACCAACUCGGCUACUUUCAACAUAUUGCAAGUGAAUUUUGGAAACGAAGGCUCAUACAAGUGUCAGUAUCAGAUAAGGGUUUCAAGUCGGGACUUCAGCUCUCCCUUAAGUGACUCUGUCAGACUCUCUGUUGCUGUGAGCCUCUCAAAGCCCAGCAUCUCCAUGAGUCCUGUCGGGGAGGUAACCUGGGGUCAGGACGCCGGAAUCACUUGUUCUAUCUCAACUAAGCAUUUAGGUGGAACAUUCAUUCUGCAGCAGACCUCAGGCUCAUUCAGAAAGACCCAAACAUCAAGUACCAACUCGGCUACUUUCAACAUUUUGCAAGUGAAUUUUGGAAACGAAGGCUCAUACAAGUGUCAGUAUCAGAUAAGGGUUUCAAGUCGGGACUUCAGCUCCCCCUUAAGUGACUCUGUCAGACUCUCUGUUGCUGUGAGCCUUUUAAAGCCCAGCAUCUCCAUGAGUCCUGUCGGGGAGGUAACCUGGGGUCAGGACGCCGGAAUCACUUGUUCUAUCUCAACUCAGCAUUUAGGUGGAACAUUCAUUCUGCAGCAGACCUCAGGCUCAUUCAGAAAGACCCAAACAUCAAGUACCAACUCGGCUACUUUCAACAUAUUGCAAGUGAAUUUUGGAAACGAAGGCUCAUACAAGUGUCAGUAUCAGAUAAGGGUUUCAAGUCGGGACUUCAGCUCUCCCUUAAGUGACUCUGUCAGACUCUCUGUUGCUGUGCCGCUCCAGCAGCCCAGCAUCUCCCUGGCGUCUCCUAACGGAGGGCUGGUCUGGGGCCCAGAGGGUGCCGAGGUCACCAGGGGUUACAGCUUUGUUUUCACCUGCUCCAUUUUCUCCCAUUAUCCUGGGGGUGAGUUCUCUCUCAUCUCAUCUGGCUCCGGCCUCACCAACACCAAGCAAGCAUUCACCGGCUCGGCCUCCUUUGACUUCCCUGUGGCCGAAUAUGAGCACCUGGGGGACUACAGCUGUGUGUAUGAAGUCACGCUGUCUGCACGGAAAUUCACUUCCACCAUGACAGCCUCCAUUCCUGUCAUCAUUAAAAUGUCUCUGUUGCCGCUGGUUUCGUCAGUAGCUGUCGUGGGUCCGCUGCUGCUCCUGCUGGUUUUGGUGGUGGUCUGUCUGGUCUGCAAGAGAAAGAGACGAGCCGAUCCGCCUGUUGCCCUCGCCCAAAGUCAAUUGGCUGUCAGACUCAGCAACGAUUAUGACAAUAACAAGUAUGAGGACCAGGACGAUGUCUACGAGAACGUUAACCCAACAGACACAUGGAAGAAACUCAAAGAGGAAGCAGGGAGAGCAGAAGAAGAGGACAGUGAUGACUAUGAGGAGCCAGAAUACUGCAACGGUUAUGUUCCUGAGGGAGAAAAAGAAACCAGUGAUGAUGAAGCUGUUCAUGAAAUUGUAACCCAGCUAUUGGAUGAACCAACUCUGGACAUUUAUGGAGAACAUGAGGAUAUUUAUCAAAACUUUUGAGGUGUCAAUUGUUGAAUAAUGCUGAAGAAAUUGUAAUUUAAGAGAUUAAACUACAAUUUCAGGAGAAUUGGCUAGUCAUUAAUUGUUCAUUAUUUUAGAUAUGCCAGACUAUUUUCCUAUAGUUUGUUACCAAAUCAU